AUGGAAAAACAGUCAUUACUUAUUGCUUUAUUACCUGAAGAAACUUUUGGUCCAUUAAAUAAUUUUAUUGGUAUUGCAAAUGUUUUAACUAAUGAUAUGGGACAUCGUGUUAUAUUCCUUCUUGAUUCUCAUGCAAACGGAAAAGCAUCAAAAUAUGGUUUUGAAGAAAAAUAUUAUAAUUCAUCGAAAAAUUCCAACGAUGAUAAUGAUGAAUCAUUUGAUGAAAUGAUCAAUAGAUCAUUAGUAGAAUUUCGAAAAUCACCAUUCGAACAAUGGAAAACAUUUGUAUUUUCAAAUAUUAAAAAUCAAAUUAAAGUUAUUCAAAAUGGUAAUGAAGAUAUCAAAAAUCUUUUAGAAGAAAUAAAACCAGAUGUUAUUGUUCAAGAUAUCUAUGUUACUUCACCAGCUAUAAUUAAUAAUAAAAAUAAAAUUCCAUUUAUUCGUUUUAUGUCAGGUAAUCCACUUGCAAUACCAGAUGGACAUGCAAAACCACCUGUUAAUAGUGGUGUAUCAGCACAAUAUUCAUCACCAUCAGAAAUAAAACAAUGUUGGAAUGACUUUGAUCGAAUCUUUCGUUCAUUAUGGAAUUCAUUUAAUCAUUGGAUACAAAAUGAAGGUUGUACAUCAUUACCAGAUUUAGAUUUUGUUCAAUCAUCAACAUAUUUAAAUAUUUAUGUUUAUCCACAAGUCAUGGAUUAUCAUCAUGCUUUAAAUGAUACUGAUAAAGCACGUUGGUUACGUAUUAAUUCUUGUGUACGUGAUAUUGAUCCCGAAUUUCAAUUUCCAGAAAAACUUCUACGACAAACUGAUUCUCCUUUAAUUUAUGUUUCUCUUGGGACAUUGGGUUGUGAAGAUGUUGAAUUAAUGAAGAAAUUAAUUGAUAUUCUUAGUCGUACAAAAUAUCGAUGUAUUUUUUCACUUGGAUCAAAACAUGAACAAUUUUAUCCAUUACCAGAAAAUAUCUGGGGUGAUAAAACAAUUCCACAAACAAAAGUUAUUCCUUUAGUUCAUAUGGUGAUUACACAUGGUGGUAAUAAUACAGUAACAGAUUGUUUUCAUUUUGGUAAACCAAUGUUAGUUUUACCAAUGUUUUGGGAUCAACAUGAUAAUGCAACAAGAAUUAGUGAAACUAGAUAUGGAAUUUGUCUUGAUACUUAUACAUUUACAGAACAACAGAUCAAUGAUGCUUUGAAACAAUUAUUAUCAGAUGAAGAAUUAAAAAUGAAAUUAACUACGAUUAGGGAACAAAUUAAAGCUAUGGAUGGAAUUAAAGAAGCUGCUAAACAAAUUGAACGUGUAGCUAGACAAUAUCAAAAUUAA